AUGCAUCCAGCGAUCGGAUUCUUCUUUGUUGCCUCUGUGAUUGCGCUACUCAUUAGGUGGGCCAAUAAAACUGAUAUCCCUAAAAUCAAAAACCUUCCCGAGCUUCCCGGAGUGCCCAUCUUUGGGAGUCUGAUCCUUCUGGGGAAGUAUCACGCCAGAAACUGCGCUAGAUUGGCCAAGACGUAUGGCGAUGUCUUCCAAGUUCGCCUGGGCAGCCGCAGAUUCAUUUACGCGAACUCAUUCGAGUCUGUGAAGGAGCUGUGGAUUAAGAAUCAGUCGGCACUCAUUUCUCGACCCAAAUUCUGGACAUUUCAUGAUGUGGUUUCACAAACCCAGGGAGUGUAUACCUUGGGAACCUCGCCGUGGACUGAAUCCCUCAAAAAAGCCCGUAAGGCAGCAGCUACGGCCCUGAACAGACAGGCUGUUCAGACAUACCUCCCAUUCAUUGACCUUGAAUCCACGGCCAGCAUCAACGAACUGGUACAGGACAUCAAAAAUGGCUACGACGUCGACCCUAACGGUUAUUUCCAACGCUUCUCCCUGAACAUCAGCCUCACUUUGAACUACGGCAUCCGCAUCCAGGGCACUGUCAAAGACAGCACUCUCAAUGAAGUCGUUGCCGUAGAGCGAGAGCUGGGGAACAUCCGCGGCAUUGCGCACAACUGGCAAGACUAUGUGCCUUUGCUCCGACUUCUACCAGGUUACAAGUCGAAUGCGAUCAAAUUCCGAGGACGAAGGGACGAAUACAUUCUUAGCUUCUUCAACCAGUUGAAGGAGCGGAUCGCGAACGGUACUGACCACCCUUGCAUCGCCGGCAACGUCUUGAAAGAUCCAGAGGCCAAACUAGCUGAUAAUGAGCUCAAAUCGAUCUGUUUGACCAUGGUCGCUGCCGGUCUUGACACAUUACCUGGAAAUAUUAACAUGACAAUCGCUUACCUCUCGUCACCACACGGCCAGGAGAUCCAAGCACGAAUGUACGACGAAAUCAUCAAAUCGUACCCCGGGCAAGACCCAUGGCAUGCAUGCUUGUAUGAAGAGACGUCAGAACAUGUUAUUUCCUUCGUGAAGGAGGUCCUUCGCUUCUGGUCGACGCUUAAUUUGUCCUUCUAUCGCCAAAGUGUCAGUGACAUUACUUAUAAGGGUGCCGUCAUCCCCGCCGGGACGCCUUUCUUGAUGAACAUGUGGGCCGCCAACCACGAUCCUGCGCACUUCAAGUCACCCAUGGAAUUUACCCCUGAGCGCUUUAUGGGACAAUCUGGUGUCGGGGAAGGCACACAGCACUUCGGCUAUGGCGCCGGUACCCGGAUGUGCGCGGGUGCUCACCUCGCCAAUCGUGAGCUGUACAUCAUCUUCACUCGCCUGAUUCUGGCCUUUCACAUCCACGAGGCCACCAAUCCCAAUGACAGGCCGAUCCUUGACACCAUCGAGUGCAACUCGGUGCCGACAAGUAUGGUCACCCAGCCCAAACCGUUCAAGGUCAGAUUCAUCCCUCGCGACCUGAACCAACUUGAGACCUGGAUCAGUCGCAGCUAUGAGAACACUGCUCACCUGUGA